AUGGACCCAAUUCGACCUGAAUUUGAACUUUUGGACUCAACCGGACUUGAGUACCGCCAUUGGGCAGCUGAUGUGGAGACUACUUACGCGACGAAAGACCACACCGCCACCAUCAAGCCUUCAACCGUUGCAAAUGUUGUUCCAGCAACUGAAAAAGAAAACGCCAAUGCUCUCAUGUUCCUCAAAAGGCAUAUUGACCCUAACUUACGAUGGGGCUACCACCACUUCAAAACACCAAAGGAAUUAUGGGAUGCUCUCGAAAGUCGUUUUGGGAAUAUUCACGACUCUUUAUUUCCACAAUUACAAGUCCAGUGGAAUGAAAUCCGCUUCUUGGAUUAUGUUAAAGUGAAUGAUUUUCAAAAAGGCAUGCUGCAGCUACAAGCACGUCUGAAUUUUUGUGGCACCAAACUAACUGAUGGUGAAAUGAUACAGAAGACAUUGUCAACUUUCCUAACAUCUUUAAUUAUACUAGCGAACCAGUAUCAAUUGGAUGUGGAUAACAAAAGGAUAACCAAUUUUAGUAAGUUGAUUAACUUAAUUCAAGUCGCCGAAAGGCAAAACGAAAUCCUUGUCAACAACAAUGCCCGAGUUGUGGGAAAUAAGAAAGUUCAUGAAGCAAAUUACGACAAGGUUAACAUAGGAAAGAACCCCAAAGGUAAGAGGGGUGGACAUGCUGAUCAGUCACAUUCCCAUGAUUCCUAUUCCCAUACUCCAUACACAUGUGGAAGAGGUCAUGGGCGUGGUGGUAAUUCAAAUGUUUGGAACAGAGAUGUACUUUCUGGCCCAAAUGGUGGCAGCUCAAUGGUCGAGAAAGCUCCAAGAAAUCCCCCUAUCAAAAGGGACGAAGUUGGAAACGGGCCUUGUUAUAGGUGUGGAUCCGUUGAACAUUGGUACCAACAAUGCAAGGCUAGUAACAAAGUUGCAUACAUCUACAAGAAGUAUCGAGAAUCUAUAGAACAAGAAGCUCACUAUAUGGAUGAAAAUGAGAAUCCCCCCUGA